GUCGCGAGUCAGGAGCAGGCGGGCGCCGGGAGCUGGUGGAAGAUGGCGGAGGGAGGACGCGCGGAGCCGGAGGAGCCGGAGAGGGGGUCCUCGAGGCCCCGGCCCCCGAGUGCGCGGGACCUACAGUUGGCCUUGGCAGGACUGUACGAAGAGGAAGUGAAAUGCAAGUCUUCCAGGCCUGCCAGAUCUGCAGCUCCCGUCUUUAAGAGCCCACGGACGCUGCCGCAACGGCUUUAUUCAGGUGAACAGGAAUGUGGUGGAGUACAUAUAGCUCAGCCUCCACCUGGGAACAUUGUGAAUGACCUCUUCAGAGAGGCAAGGGAGCACGGGGCCGUCCCUCUAAGUGAAGCCACAAGGUCUUCAAGUGACGACAAAGCUAAGUCAUUUACAGGUGGAGGAUACAGAUUGGGCAGUUCCUUCUGUAAGCGGUCAGAGUAUAUCUAUGGAGAAAAUCAGCUGCAAGAUGUUCAGAUUUUACUGAAGCUGUGGAGCAAUGGUUUCAGUUUGGAUGAUGGAGAACUGAGACCUUACAGUGACCCAACAAAUGCUCAGUUUUUGGAAUCUGUUAAGAGAGGAGAGAUUCCCCUGGAGCUUCAGAGACUGGUCCAUGGCAGCCAAGUGAAUCUGGAUAUGGAGGAUCAUCAAGACCAAGAGUACAUAAAACCCAGAUUGCGAUUCAAGGCUUUUAGUGGAGAAGGACAAAAACUUGGAAGCCUUACACCUGAAAUUGUCAGUACUCCUUCUUCUCCAGAAGAAGAGGACAAAUCAAUACUUAAUGCAGCUGUUCUUAUUGAUGAUUCUGUGCCCACCACAAAAGUUCAGAUUAGGUUGGCAGAUGGAAGUCGUCUGAUCCAGAGAUUCAACAGCACCCACCGGGUCCUGGAUGUCCGAGACUUCAUAAUACAGUCACGUCCUGAGUUUGCAACAACAGACUUUAUUCUUGUGACUUCGUUUCCGAGUAAAGAGCUAACAGAUGAAAGUCAGACACUACAAGAAGCAGAUAUUCUUAAUACUGUGAUACUCCAACAGCUAAAAUAGUAUUGUUCCAACCCAUGUAGGAAUAGGUAAUGUUGUCCAUAUUGGUAAAAUACUUCCAGCAUAAAAACAACCAAAUUAUUUUUAUUAUUCAGAUAAAUCCUGUUUUUGCUGUUGACCUGUCUUCCAGUAUUUGUCUAGAUAAAUUUAAACCAUGGAUAGAUCUUUGAAUUUUUGAAUGUUUGAAUUUUUAGUUGCAGGUCAGGCUUAUGUUGAUUGAUAGCUAUAAACAUCUAGGUCAACAAUUUAUUAUGUGCUCAGUGUUAAUGUAAUAAUGUUUUCAGAUGAAGUGGAAAGAACCUCUUUUGGUAAAUGCAUUUGGUGAAAUUUGCACUCAAGUUUUUUAAUGCAGCAAUGACCAGUAACCAGAAAGGAUCCCUUUUCUGUAAUAUAUACCAGUGUCUGCUCUGAGUUUGAAAUUGUUUGAUCAUAAAGUAAUUAAGAUUUUGCAUAUUGUUAAUUUCUACAUGUCGUUUGAACUAUGUUAGUAUCACAGAGUAUAUUUUGUCCUUGUAUUUUAUAAAAUUACAAUUAUCAUAUUUUAGUAGGUCAUCCUACUAAAUGUAAAGGUCAUCCGCUCUUGAGAAGAUGGGAUAAACAGAACUUUAAAGACAUUGCAGUCCCAUCCAGGCCUGUCUUGAUCACAUUCAUUUUCAUCCAGCAUUUUAACAGGGAUCUGCUACACUAGAAACAUUAUUGUAGGUGUGCAACACAGAAUGUGUUCUUCAGCAUGUGAACUCAGUCUGAGAGGCUGGAGCAAAAAUUGCCAGCAAAAUGUUAGUGUUUCCCUUGUCCAGGCACGUCUUGAGCGAUGCGGGCAGUAUCGAACAACGGGAAAGCUUGCUUUCCCGCAGAUACCAUUCCGUCCUUAGUCACCAUUGCUGAGCACUUUUCGGUUGCUGAUGUAAGAAAAUACAGAGCUUGUGACUGAAGUAGCAGAGAUUUAUUAUCUUAAAAGUAUGUAGAUCGGAUAUUGAAAACGAGUUUCUCUGCACUAGAAUUAAGGUGUCAGUGGGACAGCAUGGAGACUCUAGAGAAUCAGUGGCUGGCUGCUGAGCCUCCAGGGGCCACCUGUGUUCCUUACCCGUGGUGCUCAAGCUCCUCUGACAGCCAGCACUCUCACCUCCCUGAGCCUUCUGUAAUUACAGUGUGCUCUGGACAGGGUGCACAGGCGAACCCAAGCUCAUUGCCUAGCGUUAACUUUGUGUGACCUUAAUCGUCCUUCAGGGUUGCUCUUUUCCACUUCAGUUAUACCUUCUUGGGAGUGGGGGAGUUGAUAUAGUUGCUUACCAUGGCCCACAUUGUCUCGGAGAUUCAUCUACCAAAUAAACUCACCCCAUUCAUCCACAGGUGCUCGGAAAUCUCAGCAUAUCACUUCAACUCACUUGCCUGCAUUUCAUUGGUUUCAAAAGUCCCAAAUCUUGUUAAGAUGACCUAAAUUAAGUGGAGAUUCAUCUCUGCCUAUGGCACUAAAAAUGAACUAUCUGUUCAGAGAUAAAUGUCAGGACAGCUAUAGAAUAAGCUGUAAACACUGAUGUGUAAAAGCAGGCGAGCCACUGUUCCGAGAAACCUGCGAAUCCAGCCAGGCCUUCCAUCAACAUCUAAGGCCCAACAUUAACAUAUGGCUCUUGUAACUUAGUCCUUUGAGUUUUGCCUGUCUACAUCACCUUCCUUUCUCAGAAGCCACACAGCUUGUUUUUUCUUCUCAUAUUGUGCUGUGUGCCUUUCGUUUUACAACAGCAGUGAUCUGUGAAAAAACUCACGGGUUGCCUGUGUGUCAUGGAGAUUGGCUCCAUUAAACAGGAAGCUCUUCCAAGCAUCUUUCUAUAAUAGAAAUAAUCCCAUCUCUAAUUUUUAGUUCUUCAGAGAAAACAGAACUGUGUCAUACCCUUGAGAGCCUUUUGCGUGACUGAAUAUGCAAACCAGUUUGUUACAUGUGUGGUGUGCUGCCUGUGUGCACAUUUGGAUGUGUGUCUGGGAGAAGCCUGAAUUGAUGUUGGGAGGUCUUCCUCAGUCUUUUUCCGCCUUAUUCAUUGAGGCAGAUCUCAGUUAAACCCAGAGUUCGCCACAGCAGUUGCUGGCUAGGCUGUCUCCACCUUCCGAGUACUGGAAUUGCGGGCGCCCAUCCUACCCAGACAGCCUGACAAGCACGUUACCUACUGAGCCAUUCCAGCCCUUUGUGUUAGCUGAGGGUUGUGCACCCACACCCUCGUUUUUCUGCUUUAGGCUUUCCUGACAGUGAUGUCAUUUGUAAAUUGCCUUUCUAGUGUCUGUCAUGAGGUAGGCUGAGAGCUCCGUAGCCCUGGUUUCUUCUAUUACCUUUCCACACAGUGUUUCUGUUUCCUAUCAAACUUUACUUCGGCCAGGAAGAAGAAAGCAGGUUAAAGUUUAGUCUCAAGCUUCUCAUGUCCAGCCCUGCUUUGCACAUGACUGUACAACUCAGCUAAGCUUGAGUUUCCAAUAGUGCUUCCUCGUGCUCUGAGCCCUCAGCAGCACAGCCUUUAAUGUCACCUCUUCUAAAGACUGCUCAGCCGUCUAGACAUUCUCUGGGGACGUAGGUUUUCUCUACCAAGUCUGAGCUCCUUCCAAGCCUUCUCCAGCGCUAGCCUGUCUGCUAACAGUCUGAGUAAGGCAGGCUGGGCUCUUCUGUCACCGUCCUCAAAGCUGCCUAGCCUCUGCCCUGAGGCUGUAUGUGAUCCAAAGCUGGGAUUGUUGCCACCUCCUGGUUGGCUACAGUGUGCUGUAGGGGACCUAGAAGUCUCUGGUUAUUGCAAGGAAGCGAGCUGGGGAGUUUUGUUUUGUUGUUGUUUUGUUUUGUUUUGUAUUUGAGACAGGGUCUCACUGUAUAUUCCUGGCUGGUCUGGCACUCUAAUAAGUAUAGACCAUGCUGGCCUUAAACUCACAGAAGUCUGCCUGCCGCUGCUUCCUGAGGGCUAGGAUUAAAGGUCAGAGUGGCCAAAGAAGACUUCAAGUACUAAGACUGUGGCUACAACAUUUCUAUGCAGAAUUUUUCUCAAUCACAUAGAGAAAAAAGAUUCUCCCUAACAAUACAGGCCCAGCCCUGCUCCUUUGGCUUUGUUAAACACAAUGUGGGUAACAGCUGUAAUUCAAAAGAUUACCAAGGCCAGCUGUGGGCACACAUACCUGAUACCACCACUUCAGAGCUAAGGAGAGACCACUAUGACCUAGGGACCAGCCUGGGUUACAAGUGUGAGACUUUGCUAAAACAAACAAAAGCAGAUAAACUUUCACAUGGAGCAAAUCAGGGUGGGCAGGAUGGAAUCAGCAGAUGGAGCAGGAGUGAGGAGACCAAGCCCAGACCCAUGGAGACCCUAGCAGGCAUGGUGGCCUCCUCCAGUGUCAGGAUCUCGCAGGCAGACGUGAUCUCUGCACCACAGGGCUGAUUAGACUCACUGAAUGGGAUAGCUCCAGGUUAAGGAAGAGGCCCCCCUUCAGUAAAGAACAGGGUGAACCCUGUCAACUUCAGUCCUCUAAGCAUACACAUGGGCUUGCGUACUAGAAUGUGUGUGUGUGUGUGUCCCAAACACUUACGCACGUGCACACAAGUGGACUAAUAAUACCUUAGUCAUUG